AUGCUUGUAGUCUCCGUUCGCAUUUAUUUGUUGAUUUAUGUGGAUGAUAUUCUUGUCACUGGCUCUGAUCCUUCUCGCAUCGCCACACUUAUCUCUAAUUUGGGUCAUCAGUUCUCCAUGAAGGAUCUUGGCCCCUCCAAUUAUUUAUUAGGCAUGGAGAUUGUUUGUACUCCGUCUAGUCUCUCUCUUACUCAGACCAAGUAUGUUGUCAAUCUUCUUAAGCGUGUUAACAUGCAUGAAGCCAAACUUGUGCCUACCCUAGCUGUGAGUGGACGUCAUCUUAGCCUCUCUGAUGGGGAUCCUCUUCCUGAUCCCACCGAGUAUCAUAGUACAGUUGGGGCUCUUCAGUGCUUAACUCUUACUCGUCCAGACAUUGCCUUUGCUAUUGAUCAAGUGGUACUCUCUCUCUCAGUGUGUACUCUGAUGCCGAUUAUACGGGGAAUCUUGACGAUCGUCGCUCCACUGGUGGUUCUUGUGUUUACUUGGGUACUAACUCAAUCUCAUGGAGUUCUAAGAAGCAAUGUGGCAUUUCUCACUCGAGUACUGAGGCCGAAUAUCGCCAACUUGCCUUACACUGCCGCCACUCUCUCAUGGUUACGUGCUUUAUUUCUCGAUCUUCAUCUUCCAGUUCCUUGUCCCAAGCUUUGGUGUGAUAAUAUUAGUGCUCUCUCUGUGGCUUCUAAUCCUGUAUUUCACUCUCACACUCGUCAUGUGGAAGUGAAUUAUCACUUUAUUCGUGAAAAGGUGGUGCGUAAUGAGUCACUUGUUACUUAUUGUUAG